AUGCCACCUUCAGCCUCUUCUGUGGGUUUCUCAGAUUUACUGAACCCUCAGAACCCAACCGAGUCAGCCCCCUCCACACCAGUAAACAAGUCGCCAGCCUCGUCAGCCCCCUCAAGUGCUCAGUCGAACUCAACGAUGGCGUCCUCUGUCAGCCUGUUGCCUCCCUUGAUGAAGGGCACUCGUCCGGCGAAUGAGGAGCCCCGGCAGGAUCUUCCUCGUCCUUACAAAUGUCCUCUAUGUGAUCGCGCCUUCCACCGCCUGGAGCACCAGACCAGACAUAUUCGCACACAUACUGGGGAGAAGCCCCAUGCAUGCCAGUUCCCCGGCUGCACAAAGCGUUUUAGCCGUUCCGAUGAGCUGACUCGCCACUCGAGAAUCCACAAUAACCCCAACUCGAGGCGCAACAACAAGGCCCAGCACCUGGCCGCCGCGGCCGCCGCUGCGGCUAAUCAGGACAACGUCUUGGUCAACAACACAGGGUCAAUGAUGCCUCCUCCCAGCAAACCAAUCACCCGCUCCGCGCCUGUCUCGCAGGUGGGCUCUCCUGACAUCUCUCCGCCUCAUUCCUUCACCAACUACGCGGGACACAUGCGUUCGAAUCUGGGACCUUAUGCACGCAACAAUGAGCGUGCGUCUUCGGGUAUGGAUAUCAACCUGCUUGCCACCGCAGCUUCUCAGGUCGAGCGCGACGAGCAUUUCGGGUUCCACAAUGGCCCACGAGGUCUGCCCCUGUUCAGCUCGCGUCUUCACAAUAGCAGCCGCCUUCCUUCGCUCUCUGCCUACGCGAUCUCGCAGAACAUGACGCGCUCCCACUCGCAUGAUGAGGAGGAUGUCUACUCGCACCGCGUCAAGCGCUCGAGGCCCAACUCUCCAAACUCCACAGCUCCUUCCUCGCCCACCUUCUCCCACGACUCUCUUUCCCCUACUCCUGAUCACACCCCACUGGCAACCCCCGCUCAUUCUCCGCGGUUAAGGCCGCUCGGCACCAGUGAGCUGCAGUUGCCGUCGAUCCGUCACUUGUCGCUCCAUCACACUCCCGCUCUGGCUCCAAUGGAACCGCAGCCUGAGGGGCCCAACUACUACAGUCCUACUCAACCUCACCAUGGUCCCAGCAUCAGUGACAUCAUGUCAAAACCGGACGGCACACAGCGCAAGCUCCCUGUUCCGCAGGUACCGAAAGUGGCUGUCCAGGACAUGUUAAAUCCCACUGGUUUCGUAUCCGUGUCAUCAUCGACCAGCAACUCGGUUGCUGGUGGUGAUCUGGCGGAACGUUUCUAG